GGUGGGGGUGGGAACUGAGUCCGGUGUUACGCCGGGCCUUAAUCCAAGGGUAUCGCUCUAACCCAUGUAGCUCAAAAGAAAUGGCCGUACGCUUCGUCUCUGUGCGUGGGAAAAAAUCAAUCGAUAUACGAAGAUUAUCGCUCAGACUGAACAACUCGAGCAGCUCCCAUAUUGGCUUCUUCAGCACUGCUGCAGAGCAGCGCAGUAGAGGAGAUGACUGCCGUAAUGACGAUGGUGAUGAUGAUCGCAAUCACUCAGUUACACAUGUCAGGAUGUUGGAGAUGAGGGCACACAAACUAGAGCAGCAGGUUCAAGAUCUCACUGAAAGGUAUAAAAGAGCUCUAGCUGACUCAGACAAUGUACGAAGAAGAACUCAGAAGUUUGUGGAAGACGCCAAGCUCUUUGGGAUUCAAAGUUUCUGUCGUGAUUUAGUGGAGGUGGCAGACUUGCUGGAGCAGACUACAGGGGACAUGGAGGGGGUCGAGACAGUGAACCUGACACAGAGCCUGGCACAAAUCCAGGGCAGACUGCAAGAGGUGUUCACCAAGCAUGGACUGGAGAAAAUGAGUCCUGUGGGGUCCACAUACGACCCCUACGACCAUGAGAUAGUGUUCCAUACAGCAGCAGAGGGAGUGGAGCCUGGCACUAUAGCUGUGGUAAAGCAAGAUGGUUACAAGCUUCACGGGCGCACCAUUCGCCAUGCGCAUGUGGGCAUCGCUGUGAAGACACAGGAGUCGUGAUUACAGGUUUUGGUUUAUUGUGCCACCCUGACUUGAAGCUCCUGUACGCUGCAUAUUUGCAUUUGUAUAAUUUAUGCCUUCCUUAAAGUAUUCUUGUAGAUAUAUGCUCGCAAAACUGAAUAAUUCUCUGAGAUAAUAGUUCAGCUAUGUAGUUCAUUGGUCUUUGCUUGAUUGUUCUUUUUUAUGUAUUGUCCUCUACAUUUAUUUAAAUAUUCUGUUAUGUUGCACAUUGUUCUAUCUUUUUAGAAUGAGCUCUUUUUUGGAAAUCAACACUGAUAAAAAGACUGUAGUGUGUGUGUGUGUGUGUGUGUGUGUAUAUAUAACUUGAGCCCACACUCUUUGGAAUCUACAUUACAUUUUCUGGUACCUUUUAAUCAAAACUACCAUACCUCAAUGAACCUUGAAAUUGGGAGGUAUUUCUUUUUAUUCUGUUAUACUGGUAGAGGUCUUAUGUCUGGGACCCUAAUCUUUUGAAGUUUAUGACCGUCUUCUUGCAGUACAGUAUUGAUAGAAGAUAUCUUUGUACUGUAAAUUAUGAUUUGCAUUUCCAAGGCAUUUACAGUGUUUGUGAGAGAGGACGGUGUGUGUCGGCUCUUCUGAAGGUUUACUGAAUAUUGGUCAUUUCACAGUUUUGGGAUGCUUCUUCUUUUGUGCCUUAAUGUAAGAUCUGCAGUGCCCAAAGAGUGAACUCUAACAUUUUAAUUCUAUAAAAAAAAAAAAAAAAAAAAACAAUGUGGAAAAUAAGGUGCA